AUCCAUGGAAAAGGCACCGAUGGACAAGCUCCUACUCUCCAAAAUCCACAUAGUGCUACUAGGUGCCCUUCUCUUGCUCAUCAAAGGAAAGGGCUUUGUAGAGUCAUCCUCAUCAUCUUCCCAUCCAAACGACACGGCCACCGGCUGUAUCGCCGAUGAGAGGUCUGCGCUCACUGGCUUCAAAGCAGGCCUCUUGGACCCUGGAAACCUCCUUUCAUCAUGGAAGGGCGAUGACUGCUGCAAAUGGGAGGGCGUUAUUUGCAGCAGCAGAAACAGCCAUGUCGUCGAGCUCGACCUCUGGGGCUUUGGUUGUGACGACUUCCCCAGAGAUGUGAGAUGGAAGGUGCUAGGAGGAAACAUUAGCUCCUCGGUGCUUGGCCUGCGACAUCUACAGUAUCUCGACCUCAGUUGCAAUGGGUUCUAUGGGGUGCAAGUACCUGAGUUCCUGGGUUCUCUCCACAAGUUGAUGUACAUCGACCUGUGGUACUCAAGCUUCAUUGGAAGGAUACCGCCGCAGCUGGGUAAUCUCUCCAACUUACAGUACUUAAGUCUCGCCUAUGGUGCUGGCACAUACUCCAAGGAUAUCACCUGGUUGUCAAAGUUAACUUCCCUUGAGUACCUGGACCUGAGCGGCACAAACCUCAGUACAAUUGUUCACUGGCUUCCGGUUGUGGCCAUGCUUCCAUCUCUGAACGUUCUUUCUCUUAGAAGUUGCGAUCUUAGAACUAGCCCUGCUUCACUUCCACUUUCAAACCUGACAUCUCUUGAAACACUUGACCUUUACUACAAUAGCUUCCCUAGACACAUCACACCCAACUGGUUUUGGGGUUUAACUAGCCUCAAGUAUCUAGAUAUUGGAGGCAAUGGUUUCUAUGGCCAACUUCCGGACGAGAUAGGUAAUCUGACCUACAUAGUAGAGCUUGAUUUAGGAUCAAAUUACCUUGUGGGCAUGAUACCAUCAAACCUGAAGAACCUAUGUAGCUUGGAAAAAUUUGAUGUAAGUAACAACAGCAUGAGUGGAAGCAUAACAGAGUUCUUCCUACGCUUGCCUAGUUGCUCAUGGAAUAAGUUGAAAUACAUGCAUCAACCUUCCAACAAUGUGACAAGAAUCCCACCAACCAAAUUAGAACCCUUAAGCAAUCUGAGGUACCUUUUUAUCGGUAGUAAUAACCUUUCUGGUCAUGUGCCACUAUUGAUAGGAAAGUUCACAAAGUUAAUUAAAUUGGACCUGAGCGACAAUAAACUGGAAGGCUUCAUACACUAUAAUAAUCUAUCAGGACUAGAAAGCUUGGAGUAUUUGUGGUUGUCUAAUAAUUACUUAACCCUCACAAUGAAUUCCACAUGGGUUCCUCCUUCAAAUCUAACAAAUAUUGCACUUCGGUCAUGCCUUCUCGGGCCUAAAUUUCCAUUGUGGCUAAGAUGGCUAACACGUCUAGACAAUCUUGAUAUCUCAAACACAAGCAUAUCUGACACGGUGCCGGAUUGGUUUUGGACGAUGGCUUCCACAGUGAAAACUCUAAACAUGCGACAUAACAAUAUUAGUGGCUAUUUACCAUCUACAAUGGAAUUUAUGAGAGCAACUGCAAUUGAUCUCAGUUCUAACCAGUUCAAUGGUCCAAUACCUAAGCUUCCCAUUAAUCUGACGGAUUUGUAUCUUAGUGGAAAUAAUUUAGUUGGGCCAUUACCAUUAGACUUCGGAGCACCGAGGCUUGUAACACUCAUUCUAUUUGACAACUCCAUCUCUGGCUCCAUUCCCUCUUCGUUGUGCAAACUGAGAUCACUACUUCUGUUGGACAUGUCCAAAAAUAAGCUAACCGGAACAAUGCCUGAUUGCUCUACAUCCAAAAAAAACAUGAAUAGUCUUAAUAUUCUUAAUCUAAGCCUCGGAAACAACAACCUCUCGGGUGGAUUCCCCUCAUUUCUCCAAUACUGCCAAAAACUCAUUUUUCUUGAUCUUUCACACAACCAUUUCUUUGGGACUUUGCCAACAUGGAUUCAGGAGAAAUUGCCAUAUUUGGCUUUCUUACGGCUGCGAUCAAAUAUGUUUUAUGGUCACAUUCCAGAGGAGCUUACAAAGCUAGUUAAUCUUCAGCAUUUGGAUCUUGCCUACAAUAACUUAACAGGGAGCAUAGCAAAAUCUAUUGUUUACUGCAAAGGGAUGAUAGCAACAAGAGAUGAUUAUAAUUAUGCAGUUUAUAGUGCUCUCGGUUAUGGAUGGUCAAUGGGCCUGAAUGAUUUCACCUAUACCGAGAAUGUCAUGGUAGUCACAAAGGGUCAAGAGAGAUUAUAUACAGGAGAGAUCAUGUAUAUGGUGAAUCUUGAUUUGUCCUGUAAUAACAUUAGUGGUGACAUUCCAGAAGAAAUAGGCACUCUUGUCGAAUUGAAGAACCUGAAUUUAUCAUGGAACACAUUCAGUGGAAAAAUUCCAGAGAACAUUGGUGCCUUGGUGCAAGUUGAGUCACUCGACCUAUCCAACAAUGAGUUGUCUGGUAAAAUCCCUCCAAGCUUAUCAGCUCUUAUGUCAUUAAGUUGGUUGAACCUGUCCUAUAACAACCUGACGGGAGAGGUACCAUCUGGAGAUCAACUUCAAACACUCAAGGAUCCAGAAUAUAUUUACAUUGGUAACUCAGGCCUUUGUGGACCUCCUCUCUCAAAGAAUUGUUCACAACCCAAGCCGAUUACAGCUACUCGAGAACACCAUGACGACGUAACCGAUGUGGUUUCAUUUUUCUUUGCUAUGGGUUCUGGAUACGUAAUGGGCAUCUGGGUAGUCUUCUGCAUCUUCUUGUUCAAGAGGAAAUGGAGAGUUAAUUGGUACUCGGUCUGCGACAGCUUGUAUGAUUGGGUCUAUGUACGAGUGGCCGUUACCUGGGCUUCUUGGACAAGAGAAAAAACUGCAGAAGCCAAGACGGAUCGCUAGAUCACUCUGGUUCUCCGUUUGGUACUAAGCAGAGUGUGGGGAUUUUACCAUGUAUCAAUGUUGUGUAAGUAUUGUACUAGUACAGUUCAAAGAUACAUGUUUGAAGA